AUGGAGCUGAGAUUGGAUCAAACACCAAACAAUGAUUUGGACUCGAUAGUACCACAGUGCUCUUCCUCCAACACACAAGAGCUGACACAGGAUGCGGACAAUUCUUCGUCAUACUCACAACAGGUUGCUGUAGAAUUUCCGCACCAGUAUAAUAAUGCACUUGCUGAAUUUAAGUCUGAAGUAAAACGCUUCACAGCGUUAUUUGAAACGAACCCCACUGUCCACAAUCUAAGAGCACUAGCGAAAUUCACAAAAAUACGUCAGAGCAAGGACAAAACUUCAUUUUACGUUAGAUAA